AUGGCGCUGUCAACCAACCAGCUUGAAGAAGCUCUGAUUGACGGCACGUACCAUGUGUUUACCGCUGAGCCUGAUGCGACAACGGUAAACAAAGUGCGGAAGCAUGUUGAAGAGUCCAUGGGUCUGGAAGAAGGUUUCUUCACAAGCGAGGACUGGAAACAAAAGAGCAAGGCUCUGAUUAAACAAUAUGUUGACAAGCUGUUAGAGGGCUGGUUGCCAGAGUCGAAACAGGAAAGACAAUCAGAAAAUAGAACCGAGCGAGACGCUUCUGAGAUUUCCCCGUCAUCCCCAAAGCGCCAGAAGCACGCCGCCCAGAAUGGCCAGUACACGACGCAAGAUGAGGAACCCCACGGGAGCGAUGAAGAGACGAAACCAAACCCGAAAAAAGUGACAUCACGUCGUCAGUCUCAAACGGUAGUAGACUCGGCUAAAGAUUCGAGCGACAAUCUCGAGCCAGCCCCGCCCAAGAAACGAAAACAGAAAGGCAAUGGCGCAUCAGCAAAAGCACAGAAGGGAUCGCCAUCCAUAGGUGAGGAGGAUGAUUCCAAAGACGAUGCAAUGUCCUCGAUAGAAGUCGAAGUUUCAAACUCUGCCGUGAAUGAAGAGGAAGAGUACUCGGAUGUCAUUGACGAGGCGCCGAAGCCAAAGCGAAAGAAGAAGGAGCGAAAGGAUUCAUCAUCUAAACCGGCCAAGCCCAAGUUGAAGAAGACGACAGAGUCGACACCUGAUGAUCCCGAUGAAGCUGAGAUCAAGAAACUCCAAUCACAGUUAGUCAAAUGCGGAAUCAGGAAAUUGUGGCACAAUGAGCUCAAGAAGUACGGAGACGACGCGAGAGCCAAAAUUCGCCACCUCAAGAGAAUGCUUACAGAAGUCGGAAUGGAUGGUCGCUUCUCCGAGGCAAAAGCGCGCGAAAUCAGAGAAACAAGAGAACUCUUAGCCGAAGCAGAGGCCGCACAGGAGAUGAAUCGUCUGUGGGGGAUGGACACAGGCGGCCGGGCGAGUCGAAGUAAGAACAAGUCGAUCAAGGUCGAGGAAAGUGGAGAUAGCGAGGCCGAAGAUGCCGGUGGUAAUGGCAGCACAGAGGACGACGAUGCAGAGGAGGGUACUUCGUUUGCGGCUAGACGGAGACGCGCUCAGGCCGACCUGGCGUUUCUUGGAGAUGACAGCGAAUCUGAUGAAUGA